AUGGCAGGGACCGUCGUCGUGUUUGACUUCGACAAGACGAUCAUCGACUGCGACAGCGAUAACUGGGUAGUUGAUGAGCUUGGCGCCACAGAGCUCUUCGAGAGUCUUCUCCCCACCAUGCCGUGGAACUCCCUCAUGGUGAGCCGCUCAUCCGCCUCAACACAAUCUCCCUUUCUGCAGAUUGUUUUUCUCCAUGCGGUCUGUAGGGAAGGAGACAUGGCCGCUUCCCCUUCUUUUUAUUUUUUGUCACUCUUUGAUAGAAGAGGAAGGAGAUCCUAGGGCACAAAGAAUGGGUGGGUUCUCACAUCUGCAUUUCUUGAACCGUUGUCCUCAGGAUCGAAUGAUGGUGGAACUCCACGCGAUGGGCAAAUCCAUAGAAGACAUUGCGGACGUCCUGAGGAGAGCCCCUUUGGACCCUCACGUCGCUGCGGGCAUCAAAUCCGCUUACGCUCUUGGGUAACAUAUUUACCCAUUCAGUAAUUUUGCAACGAAACCUAAUCGUUUAAUAAGUUCCUACUAGUAAAGCUCUCUUUAUUUGAGCCUCACAGAGAGUGCCUCCGUGUCUCCUGCAGAUGUGAACUGAAGGUUGUGAGCGACGCAAACUUAUUCUUUAUCGAAACUAUUCUCGAGCAUCACGGCCUUCUCAGUUUCUUUUCGGAGAUCAACACUAACCCCAGCUACGUCGAUGAGGAAGGAAAGCUGAGGAUUUCUCCUUACCAUGACUUCAAGCAAUCAUCCCACGGCUGCCCCCUCUGCCCUCCGAACAUGUGCAAGGUAUGGGCGAGCUAUCUACCCUCAAACUUCUCGGGUCUGGCAACAGAAGGCCAUUAUAGAAUCUAAAGAGGUUAUCUUCACCCCACGCAGAGCAUGAUCCUCGAACGAAUGAGUGCCUCCGUCUCAGCGAGUGGGAAGAAGAGAUUCAUCUACUUGGGAGACGGCAAGGGGGACUACUGCCCAUCCCUUAGGCUGACGGACGAAGACUUUGUGAUGCCGAGAAAGAACUACCCUCUGUGGGAGUUGAUCUCCGGAAACCCCGUCCUGGUCAAGCCCAAGGUCCACGAGUGGAGCGACGGAGAGGAGCAAGAGAGAGUCCUCCUCCAGCUCAUCAAUCAGGCCAUCUCAGCCGACGCCAGCGGCUCCUCCCAGCUUCUCGCGAUCGACUGCAAGUUUGAGACGCUUCCAAUGCCCGCCCGCGAAAGCCUGCGACAGGCUCUUCCCCUUCGCCUCUGA